AUGACAGCCUCCGUGCUCCUUCACCCCCGCUGGAUCGAGCCCACCGUCAUGUUCCUCUACGACAACGGCGGCCUCGUGGCCGACGAGCUCAACAAGAACAUGGAAGGGGCGGCGGCGGCGGCGGCAGCGGCGGCGGCGGCGGCGGCCGGGGCUGGGGGCGGGGGCUUCCCCCACCCGGCCGCCGCGGCCGCGGGGGGCAACUUCUCGGUGGCUGCGGCGGCCGCGGCGGCCGCGGCGGCGGCGGCCAACCAGUGCCGCAACUUGAUGGCGCACCCGGCGCCCCUGGCGCCCGGGGCCGCGGCCGCGUACAGCAGCGCGCCCGGGGAGGCGCCCCCGUCGGCCGCCGCCGCCGCCGCCGCUGCCGCCGCCGCUGCUGCCGCGGCCGCCGCGGCGUCGUCCUCGGGAGGGCCCGGCCCGGCGGGCCCGGCGGGAGCCGAGGCGGCCAAGCAGUGCAGCCCGUGCUCGGCGGCGGCGCAGAGCUCGUCGGGGCCCGCGGCGCUGCCCUACGGCUAUUUCGGCAGCGGCUACUACCCGUGCGCCCGCAUGGGCCCGCACCCCAACGCCAUCAAGUCGUGCGCGCAGCCCGCCUCGGCCGCCGCCGCCGCCUUCGCGGACAAGUACAUGGAGACCGCCGGCCCGGCGGCCGAGGAGUUCAGCUCCCGCGCUAAGGAGUUCGCCUUCUACCACCAGGGCUACGCGCCCGGGCCUUACCACCACCAUCAGCCCGUGCCUGGCUACCUGGAUAUGCCGGUGGUGCCUGGCCUCGGGGGCCCCGGCGAGUCGCGCCACGAGCCCCUGGGUCUUCCCAUGGAAAGCUACCAGCCCUGGGCGCUGCCCAACGGCUGGAACGGCCAAAUGUACUGCCCCAAAGAGCAGGCGCAGCCUCCCCACCUCUGGAAGUCCACUCUGCCCGACGUGGUCUCUCAUCCCUCAGAUGCCAGCUCCUACAGGCGGGGGAGAAAGAAGCGCGUCCCUUACACCAAGGUGCAAUUAAAAGAACUUGAACGGGAAUAUGCUACAAACAAAUUCAUUACCAAGGACAAACGGAGGCGUAUAUCAGCCACCACCAAUCUCUCGGAGCGGCAAGUUACAAUCUGGUUCCAGAACAGGAGGGUCAAAGAGAAAAAAGUCAUCAACAAACUGAAGACCACUAGUUAA